CUUGACACAAUAUACGUAGGCAAACAUGGCGGUCUAACAGCAGUGGAGUCCCGUAGCCAUGUGAAAUUCGUCCGAAAUGGCAAAGGUUCAAACCUCACAGGAGAUGGUGGAUAAACCCCCUGUGAAGAACAAGGGCUGCAAACCACGAGUCCGCAAGAGGAGAAAAUCUGUCUACUGUAUUUUGUGUCGCCGGAGGUAUUUACGCUAUGAAGCACACGAGCACAUGCAUAGUAUGCUGCAUCACCAAGAGCUGGAGACAGUGCUGGGCAAGGAUUCAUUUCAUGAAUGUCAGGCGUGUAAGGUAUUCUCCAUGGGUUUACAUGAGUACGCCCAGCACAUCUCCACCGCUCAACACAAAGCCAAGUUGAAGAGCUUGAUAUUUAAACAUUCAAAGCCGCUUUCCCUGUUUACAACCCUGAGCAAAGAGACCAUCAACCAAAUUCAGGAGAGAAACAAGACACUAAUGAAGAAGGAGAGGAAACUAAAGGGAAAGAAGAAAAAGAAACCGAAGCAGACAGCUGGUCAGAAACGUGAAGAAAUGCUCCAGGGAGGCACCCGACAAAACAAAGUGGCAUCCAAAGUAUUGAUGGUGGAAAAAACCAAACAAGUGAACACAAGGAUGAUGAAACAUGUAACCCACCAGACAGGAAGCAACAAUGCUGUUGUCCAGAACAAGGAGAACAAAAUGUCCAGUCUGCAAAGGCCUCUUCACGAAAGAGAAACAGCUCGGGGGGCUGGUGUGACGGGAGAGCCUCCCGGUAGAACUUUGCAUCAGCCUUGUGUUCGAAACCAGUUCACCCAAUCAAAACAACAAAUGAGGUAUGGUGCCAACUUUCCAGUCAACAAUCAGUGCAGCGGUGUUAAAGCGGAGCGCUCUCACACAGAGAGACCGGUUACCGGACCACACAACACCCGAGAAGGUGCCACCACUGACAUGCCACAGGAGAUUACGUGGCCUGCCGUCAACCAGUAUACCUAUUACCAAAGGCAGUACAAUAGUGCAAUAGACUUCACCAGUGAUCACAUCUCUAACAAUGGAGCCAUCAUCUUUGAUCAUCAGCAGAAUGAAAGUAGCGGAUCUUCUCAGCCAGGACAAGAAGGUUCACAUUGUUCUGCUAAUCCCGCUCCAGCAAACGCAUCCAUCAGUGCAUCUCCUAUACGGGACUGCCACGUCAGUGCGAUGCUGAGGCAAAUCAGAAGAGCACUGGGUGUGAGGGAGCCGUGUAGAGCGGACCGUGAAGCCAGGAAGCAGAGCAGUGACGCAGGCACCCAGGUGGCUGAUCGUAGCACCACACAGCAGGCUGGGACUGAGAAACAGCAACCGCCAGGUGCUGCGGCUACAUCUGUGCAAUCUCCUCAGGUCGGCAGCCCCGCGCCUGCAGUCCAUUCUGGUGUUUAUCCUUCCAAUAUUACUCCUGCUAAAUCAAAACAGACAACCAUCAAAAUGACACCAGAAACGAAUCAGAGGUUAGGUGUUGUGCAUAGACUGACAAACAGCAGAGAAAGAGAAUCACAGGAGGCCCUUGACAUCCCAGCGUCAACUCGCUCGGGCAAGACAACAUCCAAUGAGCCCAACCUGAACCUCGGCCACAGGAUUCGUAUCGCCCAUGAAUCAGGCAAAACUCAGGGGGGGAAGGAGGCCGGACUUAAACCAACCCUGAACAAUUUGCUCGCCUUAUCAGGAGCCAAGAGAAAGCUGAGCUUGAGGGAGAUGUACAAUGAGAUGCAGAGGAAGAACCGGGACAAGGUCAAAGGCAUGCCCAGGUUUGGAAUCGCGUUGGCGAACCCUCUGACUGACCAAGGAAGCUCAACACGACCACAGGACAAUGACUUGCCUCUGUCUGAGGGCUUCCACUGGGAAUCGAUUCCAGGCUGUCCUUCAGUGCCAAACUUGACGUUACCCCCUCCUCCCCAGGAGAUGACAGAUACUGCUGACUCCCACAAGGAGAUACAGUCAGGUUCUCAGAUGCAGGAGCCUGCUACUCCACAGCAGGGUGGGAGCUAUCACCCAGUAACAGCAGAAUAUGUGAAAACGGAACCAAACCUAGAGGAUGAGAAUGGAGGUUUGAGAGACAACAGUAGUGCCAACAAAAGGAGACACAACACGGAUGAUGGUAUUUCUGACAAGGAGUCGAGUGGAAAAAAGAAGAGAACAAAGUCAAACAAGGACCAGGAUCAGAUGGACCAGCUGUUGGCGGUGUCUCUGAGGGAGGACGAGCUGAGCCAUUCGCUACAGGAUUUGGACAAAUCUCUGGUCCAGGCUCGCAACGCCCUGCAAGCCGCCUACACAGAGGUCCAAAGACUCCUGCUACUGAAACAGCAGUUCACUGCUGAGGUCAACAGUCUGAGAGCCAGGCGCAUUGAGAUCCUGCAGGGGAUGCAAGAGGGGUACUCGGGAUCAUCUAAUGUAGCAGAGAAAGCCACCCCUUCUUCAGCACGGGUCAUUACAGCUGUGCAACCAGGACAACCUCCCCUUCCUUUUUCUUGUGCCUUCACAACGUCCUCCAGCCAGCAAACACCAGCCACAACCUCAGCGUCUUCUGUCAACCAACCUCACCUGACCCCCCUCCCUCCGUCAGUAAAAAUCUGUCUUCCGCCCACAGCUGCACAGGCCAGUCAGUUUGUCUCCUCUAACACUGUGGGACCUCACGCAGCCCUGAAUCAACCUGUGCCCUUGUUUCCACCUGAUCUGCUCUCCCCACUGCUGGUCAGACCACCACACUUAGCUGCUCCCACACCUGCUGCUGCUGCUGCUGCUGCCGCCUCCAAGUCACUUCUUUCUCCUGAAUCAUCUGCCAGGCGGCAGGAGCAAAAGACAAAGGAAGGGUUAAAGGACUGUGUAAAGACAGUGAGGUUAGCAGAGGAGGAAGCGCAGACAGCUGACAGUGACUCUGAGGAAGAGACGGGAGGAAAUCUUCGCAAGGAACAAGGAAGAGAGUCGGCAGCAGAGGAGCGUGUUCAAAAUUCAUCAGCUGCCGCAUCAGCUGCCGACAACGGGAACGAGAGCGAUAACUCCGUUGAAAUGAUAGAGACUUCUAACCUAGUUGUUAUUGACAUUGACGAAUCGGACAAUGAGGACUCACCUGAGAUCGUCUCCAAUACUCCAGUUCACCCCGAGCCUCCUCAGCAGUCUGCCAGCAUGGAGUUGACUUCUGCAAGCAAACUGACGUCUCAGCAGAACGACACUGACAGAAAAGUUCAGCCUCCUUUGCCAGUCGAAAAUGCCAACGCUCCCGCAGAGUCUGUUGAGGAUGAAGAUUCGUCCUUAGGAGCCUUUUCGAAUCACGCCGGCCCCGUCCACGGCCUGCAAGUCCACGAGGGCCUGUUGUACACUUGUUCAGGGGACAACACAGCAAGAGCCUACAGUCUGACGAACAGGGAGUGCCAAGCCGUGUUUGAUGGUCACAGAAACAAAAUCAACUGUCUGCUGGUGUCGUCCCUCCCGAACAUGCAGGCACGCCUCUACACCGGAUCAAGUGACGAGACCAUCCGCUGUUACAGCAUAAAGUCUAAGAAGUGUCUGGAGCGGAUUUCUUUACCAGACAGAGUGUUGUGUUUGCACAUAGCCUGGAAUAUUUUGUACGCUGGGCUCGCCAAUGGAUCAGUUGCUAGCUAUGAUUUAAAGACUAUGAAGCAGCUGGAUGUGUUCGAGUGCCACGGCCCACGAGGGGUGAGCUGUCUGAGCACGGCGCAGGAGGGCGCCCGCCGGGUGCUGCUGGUCGGCUCCUACGACAGCACCAUCAGCGUACGAGACGCCAAGAGCGGCCUGCUGCUGCGCUCACUGCAGGGCCACACCAAAACUGUGCUCUGCAUGAAGGUUGUGAACGACCUGGUGUUCAGCGGCUCUAGUGACACAACUGUUCAUGCCCACAACAUCCAUACGGGUGAGUUGGUUCGUAUCUACAAGGGUCACAGUCACGCCGUCACCUCAAUCGUCAUCUUGGGGAAAGUGAUGGUGACAGCCUGUCUGGAUAAGCUGGUCCGAGUUUAUGAGCUCCAGUCCCAUGACCGCCUGCAGGUGUACGGGGGUCACAGCGAUAUGGUGAUGUGCAUGGCUGUCCAUAAGAGUGUGAUCUACACAGGCUGUUACGACGGCAGCGUUCAAGCAGUGAAGCUCAACUUGAUGAAGAACCACCGCUGCUGGUGGCAGAACUGCUCUCUAAUAUUCGGCAUGGCGGAGCAUCUUGUGCAGCACCUUGUUGGAGAUCACAGCAACCGGAAUCUGCAGACGGUCAAAUGUCGCUGGAGAGGCUGCGACGCUUUUUUUGCCACGCAACAUUUAGUUCGGCAGAAGCUGCCUGAACACAUGCAGAGCCACGUGGAGAAUGACAGUAAGAUUGAGCCGUGACUGGGAUGGAGGUAAUGUGACACAACAGAUCAGGCUGGAGUUUCAUCCAUUACAACAUAAAAGCUUACUUUUUUAUUUCCAAGUUGUUUCAGCGUCGUCUGUUUUGCGGACUCUCAGUUUCUGUUCAUUUUUCCCUGUGCGCGUCUGAGUCUCCGAUGACGUCUCUUUUGGUCUGGUGCGUACUGUAUGACCUCCGCGCUCUCUGAACUGUGACAGUGAGACAAGAGAGGCCGCUUGUUAUCGAUCCCCUGAAGCUGUUGUUGCCAUCUCAGUUUGUUUUGUUUUGUUGUUUUUUUUGCUGGUUAUACUUCGUGCUUGUGUUUUUUAAAGGGACUGAAACGUUCUGUGUCAAACCGCAAAAAAAAAAAGACACAUUUGUGCUUUUGCUCGACACCAUUCUGUGCCUCAUUCAGUCUCUAAUGAACAUACACGAUCUUGUCCUGUUUAGAGGAUCAGUUUCAUUAUUUACAGCCAUCUGUUUGCUUUCAGUUCAAAGUAAUUAGGCUUUACUUGAUGGCUAAAAUAAUUCAUUACUACUACUUCUGCUUCUUUGGCAACAUUUGAUCGACAUGUUUUUUUUUUUGUUGUCACUGUGAACACACGACCUGGCAAUGUCAUACGUAAAGCUAAUCAUUCAGAGCAUUUCUACAACUAUGCAGCACUCAUAGAAACACCUGAGAGUAGUUUCUGUGAAGCAGCUGAUGCUGUAAAUUGCCUUUCAUAUCCAUCUUGCUCUUUAGCUGUGUAUUGAUGAGUGGCUCUAAAUUAGAGGUUGCAGGUUGUAGUCUCGUCCGAGUCUUUUUUAGGUAAAAGCAAAAGAAGGAAUGCCGCGUCUUUCUCGAGCGACCUUAGAGUGUGCGAUACCAUGCAUCUGCACACUUGAGUCAUUGUAAAGGUCUUUUUUUUGGAUGACUCUGUUAUUCCGGAUUAUUAUCACUUGACCUUUGAAAUUGAUUCAUCAAGACUAAUGUUUGUUUAUUAAAACACUUUGCAUAACGAAAUAUAUAAGUUAUCAUUAUUAUUAUUAUUAUUUCAUAACAUUUACAUUUUCACAUUUCCGAGAGAUUAAUUGUAGGAAAUGUCAUAAUUCCCAGACGUCACUUCGGACAACACGUUUUUGAAAACUCUCUGGAUAAUGGAAAAAAAGCAGUGAAACUGGUCAGACCAAAUUGUCCAGAGAUGAACUUGUAUGAUGCUGUAUUAAAGUUAUCUUUUUCUUUUUGUAUGUUAUACUGUACAGUAAGUAUUUCAUUUGUAAUUAAUCUACUGUAUGUGUACAGCAAUAAAAAGACAAACGUCA